CUCCUUUUACCUGUAUAGCACUCUGGAAGAGACAAAGCACCUUACGUUUCCUCCAAAACUGCCAUCACAACAUAAAUGUGAGAACUUUUCAGAGGACACCGUUUACUGUGACACAAGAUAUAGAUAUAUAUCAGUGACUUACAGUGGAAACAUUUCACAUCUAUUUUAGAACUAAAGCAAACAUCAAGAUGUCCAACAAGAAAUCAUCAAGAACUGCACAGUUUUACAGUGAACCAGCAGUGGAGGAUAUGUACACUGGAUACCUGGUCAAGUCCCCCCCUUUAACUGCACUAACUAAAAACACUAAAUCAUGGAAGCGUCGCUUCUUUGUGCUCUCCAAGACCACUGAAGACUCCUACCAGCUGACAUACCAUGUAAACAACGAAAGGAGAGACAAGCCUUUGGGAGAGAUAGACAUUUCUAAGAUCAGCCUGCUGUUCACUGGCCCUGAGACACAUCAGAAGUGGGACUGGGUCAAGAAACAAUCUAAGGGCUCUCCAUCCUCUGUGCUGUUCUUGAAGGUGGAAGACGACACAAUAAAACACUCGAGAGAAUAUUUCCUCAUUGGAGAAAACAGUGCUGAUGUGGAUGGUUGGCUCAAUGCAUUAUUCAAGGCAAUGAAAUCCCAAAAUAUACCACAACAUACAGACGAUACUCAGGAAAUGAGAUCUAGAUCAAUGUCUGUACCUGUCAAUGGUCCAGAACAAAAAGGUGAACAAAAUACUGAUGACAGAUGGUCAGCAUUUGAAUUAACUUCUCCACCACAAUACGAUCAUUAUGACUAUCCUCGCAAGCUCAGCGGAACUCAGCGAAUACCAAUUCCAAUUACUGAGGAAAAAUAUGACAUGGACAGGAAGCAGGAUGAGCCUCCAGAGGACAGCAAUGAAUACAUGUCCAUGGGAUUAGUGCAAAGGGUGAAAGAUGACCAUCAGGAGGAUGACAUGGCAUGCAAAGAGAAGCUUGAAGUUCACAGGCAUUCUAAUCAAUCUCUUGUUGACUACACUGAAAACGGUGCCUCUACUGAGCCAGACAAAAGUGAAACACACACAGAUGUUAAGAAGGAGACCUGCGUUAGUCAAAAUGAUCUGAAAAACAAUCUGGUCUUGACACAAGAAGGCAGCAAACCAUGUGCGUCUGAGUGUCAUCAGAUUCAGGACUCAAGGGGGGACCUGCCUCCAGACACAAUACAAGACAUUCAGAAAUGCAUAAAAAGACUAAGCAGAGAUGAGAUAAAACUCCUUAUUCAGCGACUUCCAGGCCUCACUCUGAACCCUGCCCAUGAGGAUGCAAAACAAAGUGUGCGAAAUCUCUUAUCACCACCAAAAUAAUAGAAGUAUUGUACAGGUCAGAGGGUCUGUGGAAUAUUAAAAUACAUUCAUUUACUCAUACAGGUAGAAAAAUAAGCCAUUAUCAAGUAUCAAAAGAGAAGAGGCAAUCAGUUUUUUUUUGCCUGUACAGUAAUCAUGAAACAAAAAGGGAAGAAAAAGAAAGAAAAGAUGUGUUAUUUAUACAAGUUACAAAAGUGCCUUUGUAAAAAAAAAAAAAAAAAAAUAUAUAUAUAUAUAUAUAUAUAUAUAUAUAUAUAUAGAGAGAGAGAGAGAGAGAGAGAGAGAGAGAGAGAGAGAGCACAUUUAUUAAUAUUAAGCCUAAAAUGUGUUUUAAUGUCACUACUCUGAAUAGUUCCACUUUAGCAACCAAAUAUACUUCAGUAUAUCUUUAGUUUGACUUCAGCACUACUAAGUACAAUUUAGCAGACUUUAAAUCUACCAGUUCUGUAUACCAAAAACUGCAGGGUAUUUUUAUCAAGUAUUUGUAGUGUACUUAGCAUUAAAUAAAUAUUGACUUAUUUUUGACUAGAGUGGUAGAGUACUGUAUAUAUUCAUUUGUUUUAAAUAUCUAGUAUUACUUCGAAACUAGUACAAAAAGUAAUCCACAGUAAAGGACUUGAUUGUUAUUUUACGCAUUGUUACAUUGUGAUGUGUUAUUAAACUACCCAUUUAACAG